AUGCGGAUCCAGAUAUUGAAGAUCGUGGUGGUCCUGCUGGUGGCGGGAUCAGGCGACACGAGGCCUCAGAAAAGCGACGAUUCACGAGUGGAAACAUCGGAAAGGAGCGGCGCGGGAUGGCGGGGCAUUCGAACCCCGGACGUCUCGCACGACAUUGUUCGGAACGAUAGCAGGUAUACAGGGACUUCCGGAAGUAAUAGAAAGUCGUAUAUCACGUAUUUCCGCGAUAGUGUCGAUUCGUCGCGCGAGCACGGCGCGAUCGUUUCACGCGCGAGCGAUCUCGCUACGAGCAAGAUUAACGCUCGCACGUUUAACGCCCGUCGUUCGAAACUCGAUGACAAUUGGACGUCCGAAUUUCAAGCGACGGGCGUUCCCUCAAAGCUGUCGAGAGCGAAAUUAUUCGCGCGACUCUCGACGAGAAUCGGCGCCGCUCGAAAUUCGAGCGAUAACAAACCUCGAGGCUCUUCCAGUGAAUCGAAAACGAUUCACGACGAUAAGGCGGCUGCUUGGAUAAGAUCUGCUUUAGCGUCGAAUAAGAGCUUCGGUUUAGGUAACGGUCGAGUGAAUUAUUCCGAAAAGGUGGAUAUCGAUGGUUUCGAGAAGUUAAGGUCUGACGUGAGUCGAAAUUCGAAGUCGACAGUCGAUCACGCGAUUCCAGUUCACGCGAGACGUGAUUUCUCAGCGAAUCUUCCUUUUUCAAUUGACUUUCGCAAGACAAAUAAUUCCAAUACGACGAGAUCUCGACAAAAGUCAGGAUCGAUUGAAUACAAUUUGGCGAAUAAAGACGAUACUUGGGUAGUAGCAAAUGGUUCGGAUACUUCUUCGUCGAAAAUGACAAACGUUUCACGUCGCGGAGAUCAUCGCGAUGCAAAAAUUCGCACGAAUUCACUCGGAUUAGAUUCGGUCGUCGUGACAAAUUCGCACGACAAUUUGAAAUCGGAUGUCGUCAUCGAUUCGAUUCGCCGCGGUAUUCGGCGCGUCGAAUACGUCUUGAAUAAUUCAGAAAAAUCGACGCGCGAAUUAGAAACGCGACCGACCUUGAUCCAAAUUUCGAAAUCGGGAGUCGCCGCGUCUCACAGAAAGACGUUCAAUAGAAACUUCGUUAAGCUUCGACGUCCGUUCGUCAAUCGGCGCAACGUAAGCGCGUUGAAUUCCAAGUUGAAGAUCAACAACAACGUUCCGUCCGCGGUUGUUCAAUUGAAGAGCUCGACGAAGAGCCAUUUCGCUCAACAAACAGAAGCCGCGAAGAAGCCAGACGCGACAUUCGAACUGACGAAGAAUCAUUAUUCUCCGUUCGUUCAGAAGUCGCCGGGUCAUCAGACGAGCGAGAGAGUCGGCAAUAAAACCAGAGACGAGUUGUCCGCGGAGCAAAACGCGUACUUGAAGAAUUGGCCGAACGAAGCUCUGGAAAGUAUCGAGGAUUUGUACAAUUACGAAAGAUAUACUUCGUCGCUGGAGGAGGAAUCGGAGGGUCAUCAGGCUGAUGACCAACCGAUUUUGUUGACGAACAACGACGGCUACUUCGGCCAUCCGGAUCCGGUUCUCGACUCCAGCGUGAAGAAGAUCAUUCACUGGCUGCGAAUACCGGAUAUCUCGCCGAACGACACGUACUUCGCGAAGUACGACAAUCAGUAUCACAACAAUGUUUACAAACCGAUCGAGUCGAAUCUGGAAUCGAUCUACGACAAUUUCGAACCGAAUCGGCCGAGUGUCGGUACUGAGGAGAACGAUUACAAAAUCGUCGCUCAGGAAUCGUCUCACAAUCAAAAUUCCGAUACGGUAGAUUACGCAAGUCGUCCAACUCGGUGGCCAUCCCCGACCUCAACCGCUCGUCCGUACGUAACGAGUUCUUCUUCGCUCAAAGUUCCAUCCGCUUUGACUCCCUCUUUUCCGUUCGACGCGACGUUGCUGAAGAACAAGACCGUUUACAAUCCGACGACGCACGUUACGCAAAACACCGUCGUUCACAUUCUGAACGACGAUGUGAAGAAACCGAACGUGACCGUGACGCAACUGAAGACGCCUCAGUCCGAGAACGCGGUUUCCGAUCAUACGGUUUUCUCGGAGUCUCUCGCGGAAUCUUCCCCGGAUCUUCCUCAGAGACCGAAUGUUCACAUAAUGUUCACCUCCCAGAAGGAUGAGAAUCACAAGCCGUCGAAACAGGAAACCAACACCCUUUCUUCGUCGGACAACAAAAACUGUCCGACUAUUAUGAUCAACACUUACACUCGCGUGAACAACACGAUUCAGAGCAAAGAGGGAUGCACCGAUCUGAACAUAAUCGUCAAUUCUCACGUUUUGAACACGAACGUGAUCAGGCCGAGCGACGGGCCGACCGAGGCUCAACAGAUAACCUCAUUAGCGACCCAAAGCUACGGCGACGCGAACGAGAGCAACAAAUAUUCCGAAGAGAUCGACGAUCUCUCUCAUCAAGAUUCCGCUAACAGUUACGUAACCGCGUCAACCGGAUCGUACGGUUCGAGCCCGUUCGAUACAGCGGGACCGAACGACUAUUACGAGUCCCAGAAGAAUCCCGUUGGGAUUCCCGAACAGAACAACCCCGACGUCUCGCAGCUUUCGACCGUCGAGGUGUUUCAGGGUACUCAGAUCAGUAUAUCCGGUUCGAACGUGCCGGACGCGGAAGCGACGGCGGGUCCGAGUCUCCUGGUUGCGGAUGGUCCAGCCGAGGACGCAUCCGUUGACGGUCCAGCCCAAUCAUUCGUCGACAGUCCCACCGUGGAGUCGGUCGACGAACCGUUGAGUUCCGCGGCUGUUCCGCCGGUCGGUGGAACACCUGUCGCCGGAAGUCCCAGUUCCAUAAACUCCCCGGUUUCCACGAACGUACCCUCUGGUAUCUUAAAUUCUCCCGGAACGGUAAUGGGUCAGGCCAAUAACGGCCCGGCACCGGGUUCCUUGCAGCUUCCCGCUCUUCCGAGUCUCCCUUCCAGACCCGGCGCCGCUCCUGGGUCCUCGUCUUCGGGAUCGUCUUCUCUCAGUGACGACGACGACGACGAGGACGAUUUCGACAUGUCGCCGGGCGGCGUGUUGGAAUCGAUAGCUUCGAUCUUCACGUACUUCAGCUUUAUGAAUCCGUUGGGUUAUAGUUUCUUCAGUCUGGCCGCGGCGCCGUUCGCGGCAAUGGCGGCCGGUGUGCUCGGAGUAGCCGCGGUUGCUUUCCCGUGGGCGUUACCGAGCGUUCUCGAUUUCGGACGUGCGGCCGACACGGUGACGAUCCGAUUCAGACCGAAUCUCGAAGAAUUCGUCAGACGAGCCGUGCACAAGUACGAUCGUUUGAACGAGUGGAAGAGCAGACGGAGGAAGCGUCGUAUUACUAAAACAUUAAACAUCGGACAAUUAAAUGGCACCCGUGACUUGAAGGAUCUGCAAUAUAUGGAUCAGUCGUUGAGAACCGUCGCCACUCAACUCCUCAACGUCACGGACGUGAUCAAGGUCAAUAACAAGGAACUUACCAAGAUCAAACACGACGUGGUGAUGCAAAAACCCUCGGAGAAGAACAACGUCUCCUCCUCGUCGACGAAGGAAGUCAGUUCGGAGUCCGUGGGUUUGAGUUUCGGCAGACCGAUAAACUCCAAGUUCAGCUACUUCGAGAACAGCCAUCCCGGCCAGGCGAUGGCGAUUACGGAAGAGGAACUCGAGCGGGAAAUGAGCACGACGCGGCUGAUAACAGCCUACAAGAACAAUCCAACGACCACCGGCGGUAUUUCCACCUGGAUCUUGCUGAAUCCGCCGUCCACGACCGUGAAGAGUGCGGAGGUCGAAAAGAUAAAGUUGAAUCAACCUUUCCAGACGGAAGUACGACUAACGGUGAGGCCGAGCUCGUCGAUUGAAAAAGUUGAGACAAUCUCGCAGCCUGAAAAAAUUCCGACAACGCCGCUAUUGACUCCCGUUAUAACUACGGAGAAAGUAACCGCGAGCACAAAGAAGCCGAUUAUAACGACGACGAAGAAGAUCACAACCACUUCUUUGAAGCCAGAGAGAGUUACUCAACACCUGAAGGAAAUAGAAUCUUCCUCGAGCACGACCUUGAAGAUUCGCACCACGACCGCGAGCACCUCGACGAGCGAUGAAGCGACUUCUUCAACAACUGUUCAUACAACAAAGAAGAAUCAGGGAACUCGAACAACGUCGAAGCCGAAAGUUACCACACCGAAAUCGACUUCGCAGUCGAAACCGGCUACGACGAAGCCAACGAGACCGAAUCAGCAGAGACCGAAACCCACGCCAACAAGAAGAACCACAGUUAAACCCGAGACGAAGAACGAGACAUCCGCGUCAACUGGCAAAAUCGAAAAAGUGACGUUCAAACCGGUUCAGAUUAUCACAAAUCCUCAUAAUAAACCGGAAAACACUGAAAGACCCAUGUUCGUUACCAAGAUAAAAGCUUCGGUGCUUAUGAAUACACAAAAGACGUCGACUUCACUUCCGAGUGUCGCUACAACCACUUCGAGCUCAGAUCCUACUUCCCACUCGAGUGUAUCCAUUGCGGAUCUUGUGGAGGUGCCGAUAAAGUCAAAGCCGACGGGUACGAAAGUGAACAACGUGUUGAAGGUGCAACUGAAGAAACCCGCCGGAUCCGUGGACGAGACCACGCAGAUCGAGAUAGAACCGAUCAAGGUGAACGCUCCGAUCUUGAAGAUCGAGAAGGUCGACAAGGAUAAGAUGGACAAAAUCGUGGAGAAAGACACGGACGAUUUCAGCAACUCCAGGAUAGAUCUUAAAUUUGAUUUUAAUCCCGAAUUGACGAAAAUUAACGUGGAAACCCAAACGGAAGCGACGACGUCGACAACAACAACAACAACAACAACGACCACGACGAAGCGACCGAGACAGAAUUCAAAGAGGAAAAAGAACAAAGUUCGCAGACGUAAACGACCAUCGUCCACGACCUCGUUGGCGCCAAGUUCGACGACGGCAACAAUGUCUUUGGUGGACAUCAGCGAGAGCGUUACCGAUACCACCGUCGUGGACAACGAGGUUCAAGAGUCGAAGAUCGCGCCCGAGACGAAGGUCGCGCCAAAUCCGUCGAAGAAGAAGAAGACGCAGCCGCAGAAGACGAUCAGCACCCAGAUCUACAACUUCCUCAGUCGCGAGGUAAUGCCCAGUUUCGGCGUGAUGUCUCUGGUAGGUCUGGGUCUCGGUUUAGCCUCGUACUUCCUGUAUCCCUUCGGCGGCACGAUAUCCCGAAGAAAUUACGAGGUGGAGCCGAAUUACAAGUACAACCUUGACGAAUACGGCAGCAAUUACGGACAGAGCGAGGAGGAAGUGUUGUCCAAGGUGUUCCAGGGUAUGACGAACUACGACAACAAAUACCCGAGGGUGAAGGAUCUCAACGGCAAUUACUAUCAGUAUCAGCAUUACGACGGCGCGUACGACACGCAAACAACGAAGAAACUCGAUGCGAGAUAUCCGGUGUCAACUUCGCCCGUUUACAGACCCGUUGAGAACACCCAGUCGGCGGUGAAGUAUCGCAACACGGACUUCAGAUAUUCUUCCGAUACCACGCCGGUUUAUUACGAUCGCAAUAAGCAUUUGGAUCUGCGAGAGGUUCCGGGCUCGGCGGAUCGGCAGUUCGUCGUCGGUAAUAUACCGAAAGAAUAUCCUUACGACGUAAAAGCUGCAUUACCGAUAGACGGCAAAGCAGUUUACGUGUCGACGGAAAUCGGUCAGACGCAAUUUGAGAGAGACAUCGCUCAAGGUUACAAUUUCCCACCGAAUUCGGGCAACUUGCACAAUUACGGUCAUCUGGACGCGUCGACCAUCAGGCCGGACGACGCUUACGAGGAGAUCGAGAUCACGCCCACCGCGGUGGCCGUCGAGCACGGGCCGCGAGCUCUCAAAGUCAAACGAGACGUCGUUACCGACGAUCGGCAUUCGAGAUCGAAGAGGGAAUCGGUGAUACAGAUAAUACCGUCCAGGCACGAGAUCGAGGAGGAACGCGAAGAGAUGGAAAACGAAGAGGAUCUGAGCAACGAGAUUCUGGACAUAAUCGAUUCGGCACUGCCAGGCGGACAUCAGCAGCAGCCGCACAAAUCGAAACACAUCAACGAGAACAACGAGGUGGAAGAUCUCGAGGGACAGAAGAAGAAACAUCAGGAAGAAGCUAAUACGCGAGCGAAGGAAUCCGCCACGAGGAAUCCCGUGAGGGACGCGGAGGACGCGACGAACGUCGAGGGUGUGGAAUCGACAUCCAAGAUCGUCGAGAAAGCGAACGAGAACUCCUCUUCGGAAAACUCGUCCGAAAAUAAUCAUCACUCGAGCACAACGUCGAGUUCCAAGGAUUCCGAAGACACGACCGUCGAGUGGUUCGACAGCUCGACCACGAAGAGACCCACGGAGGGAUUCAGUCUGUUCAAUUUCGUGAAGAAGGUGGCCGAGAUCAAGUUCAGACUGGGUUUGACGAUUCUAAAGCACGCCAGCGAGGGUUUCGCGCGAUAUUUAACUCACGUGCAGAAGAGAAUCAACGGCGAGGAAUGAGAGGACGAUCUCGACGAUCACAUCGUCGAAACUCGAAGAGCGUGCGACGAAAAGAGGAAUAUUCUCGCGCGCGACAUUAACGCGCGAUCUUUCAAUUCAUCGACGCUCUUCGGGCGAUCAGUUUGCGAUGGACAUUAUUGCGCACGCUUCGAACAUCGCUCUCUUCGGAAUAACGGGCGGACAUUGUAAACGACGACCGUAAUAUCCCGAAGAGCGCGUCUCGCACAAGAAACAGAGUCUCGUAACGGUAGUCGGUGAACGUGAAGAAGCAGUUUCUUCACGGUCGAUUCGAGAUUUCACGAGAAACGCGAUCGUCGCAAUAUUUUUAUGUUUUCGCGCCGCCAGGCGACGAGCGACGAUCGUCCUUUCACUUAGAAAGCUAAAACGAUGAAGAUGAACACACGAACUACUGUUACGCGACUCGUCUUCCCUCUUCAAGGAUCUACAUCUCUCGUUUUGUUUUACGCGCACGAUAAGGAUUCUUCAUCCAGACUCUGUAUUCUUCGUAUAAAUUUUCUUCGACGCGUGUGGGAUCGAUGAUCGACGAAAAAAACGACGCGAUCCGCUUUUGUUUGUUUGUUUUUUUGUUUUUUGUUUAUACGGCAAAGAUAAUGUGUUCGAUUGUGACGUGAGCGUCGGUCUUCGGGUCUCGCGCGGAAUGCGUCUUGAUCGCGCGCGCGAAACUUUGUUGAAAUCAGGACGGCCGAGAGAGAUAAGCGCGGGAUUGUGGUGAAGGGUUGUUUUUUUUUUUUUUUUUUUUUUUCUUCCCCAAAGAGAUUUCUCUCUUCCUUACAAAACAAGAAUCGAUAAACAGUUUUUAUUGAAAAUCCGCUUAAAAUAUCUCUUUCUCUCUAUUUUUUUUCUUUCCUCUACAUUACAGCGUAUAUGUAUUUUGGUUUGUGCUGCUCUCUUUCCCUCUCGCCGGAGACGCGAGCGAAGACGUUACGGAGGAGCUGCCGAUGAGAGCUACUGGAUAGACAACUUAUAACUGUGUACUACAUAAAUAAAUAAAUAGCUGAACGGAAUAAAUAAAUAAAUAAAUAAAUAAGAGUAUGCAAACUUCUAUGUAAUAUCCUGAUACACACGUUAUGUAAAUAAAUAA